AUGGGUGGCCACUUGGAUCCUAAGAACGGAGUUUUUAUGGGCACUUGGGGUGACCUGGGUUGCCCUACUCCCCAGCGCGUCACAUCCUACGCCAUCUCCCCCAACCGUCAGCGCCCCCUCGCCGGCGCCGCUAACGCCGCCAUCUUCAACACCUUCCGCCGCUUCAGGCACCAGGUCCUCUACGUUGUUCCUCCCUUCGUCGCCGCCUACGCUGCCAUGAACUGGGCUAUUGAGCGCAACGAGUACCUCAACUCCAAGCCCGGCCGUCUCGCUGAGGGUGGUGAGGAAUAA